UGGACAAUGGCCCACGAAGAUGUCGAUGUCUCUUGGAACAGUCCAACGUCUUCAACAAUAUCCCCUUCUUCGGUGUCUAUUUUCUAUCCCUUCGCUGAGGCCGGAUUCUUGACAUAUCAAUCGUCAUCAUGUCGUUCCAAAACGUGGUUGAAAAUUCGACGUCAGUCAACCUCAAUGGCGCGACGAACGGCAACGCAACAAAUGGACACGCGACACACAAGUACGAUCCCAACUUCACCGACAGCCUCAUCCAGGCCAUGGGCCCCAAGACUCCCGACCGAGCGAGAUUUGUCCUAGGCAGUCUGAUCCGACAUCUUCACGAUUUCAUCCGCGAGACGGAACUCACGCCCGAGGAAUGGAUGAAGGGAGUCCAGUUCACAAACGCCAUCGGCCAGAUCAGCGACUCCAAGAGAAACGAAGGCCAGCGAAUCUGCGAUGUUCUCGGCAUCGAAUCUCUGGUCGAUGAAGUCGCCAACAAAAUCAUGCUGGAGAGCGACGAAACGCCAACGUCUUCCACCAUUCUAGGCCCCUUCUGGAGUCCUCAUGCACCUUUCCGCGAGCUCGGCGACAGCAUCGUACAAGACCCGUACCCGACCGGUAGAGUUACCCUGAUGCACGGCGUUGUAAGCGACUAUAAGACGGGCAAACCCAUCCCCAACGCCGUCGUGGACAUCUGGCAGGCCUCAGCCAACGGCAAGUACGAUUUCCAGGACGACGAGCAGUCCGUCAACAACCUGCGCGGCAAGUUCAAGACCAACGAAAAGGGCGAAUACUACUAUUAUUGUUACCACCCGACCGCAUACUCGCUACCCACCGAUGGUCCGGCGGGCGUCCUGCUGAGACUAAUGGACCGCCAUCCCAUGAGACCCGCCCACAUCCACCUGAUGGUCAGCGCCGAUGGCUACAAGUCUCUCACCACCCAGCUUUAUCCGCGCGAUGACCCCUACGUGACCAGCGACUCGGUGUGCGCUGUCAAGGACGAUUUAUUGCUCGACUUCAAGCCAUCCAAGGACCCCAAGGCCGAGCUGGACCUGGAGUACAACGUUACUCUGGCUCCCUUGAAGCCCGGCCAAAAGGCGGGUUGGGUACACACUGUUUUCUGAGCGUCCUUAAUGUAUCUUCUGGGCUUUCGUCUUUUGAGGGCGUUAUUCCUCGUUUUGCAAUCUGCCCGCUUGACUGGGUGGCGGCAAAGACAGGACUUUUGACGCCUCGAGGACUGCGAUGCAACGUCCGAAAAGAGGCGAAACAAUCACGCUUCUUUUGAUUUAGCCUGUGUGAACAAUGAAAUAUCCCAUGAUUGAUGAGC